UUUUAUAGGUUAGGUCUUAUCAAAAUAUUACCGUUAGAAAUUGGUGGGUUUAGGAACACGGAGAACUUCAGUUCUUUUACGUUCAGCCAUAGAACAGAAAGUACAGAAUGGCCAAAUCUAAGGAGAAGAAGAGCAAAAGUGCUAUUAACGAGGUUGUCACUCGUGAAUAUACAGUGAAUCUCCACAAACGUCUCCACGGAGUUGGAUUUAAAAAACGUGCUCCACGAGCCAUCAAAGAAAUUCGCAAAUUUGCUGAAAAACAAAUGGGAACUCCAGAUGUGAGGAUUGAUACACGACUCAACAAACAAUUGUGGUCUAAGGGAAUCAGAAAUGUACCAUUUAGAGUUCGUGUACGAUUGAGCAGAAGAAGAAAUGAUGAUGAAGAUUCUGCAAACAAGUUGUACACCCUUGUUACAUACAUACCAGUUGCUUCUUUCAAAGGUUUACAGACAGAAAAUGUUGAUGCAAGCCAAGAUUGAUUUAUUUCUGAUUAAUAAAUAAGUUUUCAUCAA